AUGGAGGGGACGCGGUGUGUGUGCUGCUGGGACCCGAUUGAUCCGCAUGACCUGAUGGAGUUGCGAUGUGCAGCACCCAAGUGUGAUAAGCCAUCGACUUACAACGUGCACGCAGCCUGUGAACGUCGCUUCAUGAAGAAGUGCGAAACGCUGUUUGACAAGGAGCUGGCCACUUACAACUUCCAUGACGGGGAAGAGUUGAUCAAGCUUUAUCCGGGACAGCCUUGUUGUCUCAUCACUCAUGUCAAGCACGGGCUCCAGUUGAAGCAACUGGCGCGGGUUCUGAGACCUGUGGCCACAGGUCAGGGCUCCCAGGGCUCGGGAAGCGACGCCGCUGCCAGCAUUGACUUCGGAGACGUGCUGCAGAGUUGCCUCUACCUGGAGGCGAUGCUACUCUUCCAUCCACAGGUCGUCAGCGCCCUGAAGAAGCAGAAGCAGCUCCCCAGCUGCAGCGGAUUGGGCAACUGCAUGAAGAAGCUCGUCAAGCUCGAGGGCUGUGAACAGAAGGACAUCGCAGAUGAUCUGGAAGUUUGGGAGGCAACCUUACAAGCCUCGCCUGAAGCUUUUCAGAGAAUGCUUGGUGCUUUGGAGCCUCGGAAUCGCCAGCCGCUGGAGUUGCUGGCGUCGCUGAAGCUAGCGGAGAGGUCCACCUUGGGUGCCUUCCUGGAGCUUUUCGGUUCGCACACGAUCUUGAACAAGGCUCAGCAGGCAAGGUUCCUUCUGGUUUGUGCUCUGGUGGCUGUUGCAGCAGCUGAUCCCGACGCCCGCGCUGAGAGCGAGAUGGUAUUUGAAGCGCAUCAAUGCCUCGCAAUUGCAAAGGCACUUCUUUGCAGUUCCUUCGGACAGGGGACAAGCCAGUACAAGUACCUCCGUCACGAGCGGGAGUGUUUGACACUCUUCUUCAAGUAUGUCAUGAAGCCUUACAGGACAUUGUCCAGCUCGUCUAUCAACCGAGAAGAUCUUGCCUGGACCAAUGCCAAGCAGCUGCUUCCGCAGCUAGAGAACACCGCGAAGAAGCUAGCCGAAUCCUCUGCUGUGAACUUGAAGGCUUUGCCGAGCUUGACGUUCGUCGUGGCGCCAAGCCAGGCAGCGCUGAAGAACGUCAGGGUCCGGCAGCCCGUGGUAGCAGAGGCGAGGCCGGAGGAAACAGGCUUGGAGGAUGUGGAGGUGCAGAACGAUGAGCAGACGACCCGGGAAGCGAGUGAAGCGUCGGAGGAAGUGUCUGAGGAUGCUCCAAGCCCAGAAGAGGCGGAAGAAGCAGCAGCACAUGAGGUUGAUGCCUCCACUGUGCAAGCGCCCGAGGCUCCCGAGGUUGCCCCUAUCAGCUCGCAGGAGCUGAGAUUGGCAAGCAUGUUGUGCGACUUGCAACGCGAGAGGCGCAAGGAUGAAAGCUUCAUCCGGUUCCAGACAAGUGAAAUCCAGCACCUGAACGAGACUAUCCAGUACUUGCUUGACCAGAACAGAGAGGUUAUGCAGGAGUUGGAGGAGGAACAUGCUCAACGACGCUUCUGGCAGGAAGCUGCAGAAGGAGCCCAGACCGGGCCAUCUCGAACAGCUCCCCCAAAUCCCCGUUCCCAGGCACAAUCUUGGCCAGAGGGGACUGGAAGCACCAGAAGCAGUGAAGAGGGGCGCGCACGUGAAUCGGGUCUGGCAGGUUACCUUGAGACGAAGAUGAGGAUGAAGCUUGCUCGCGAAGCAGAUGACCGCUUCACCCAGCCCGCCCAGUCUCUGCGUUACCUUCAGAGCAGGGCCGACCCUCGCGCUUCGGAGUAUCUGCAGAUGCGGAACCGACGGACCGACGCCUUCCAUCAGCCGUACAACGACGGAGAUGGUGAAUGGCCGGAGCUCCAGAUCGAGGACUUGCUCCUUUCGGGCAUGCAGCAGAGGGAUCGAGAGCGACUCUCUAGAUAUUGCGUUCGCCUCGUUUCGAGCUCGGAUCUUCGCGAGAACAUCCUCAGUGCUACCUUCGUGGCUCGUGGUUAUGAUGUUCGACAAGUGAUGGUUCGCAACCUGCAAGAUCAUUCCCUGGCAACCCUGGCUCUGAAGGACAUUGAACAGGCCAGGCGUGCCAAGACACAGGAUGAUGGAUUGCUCAGGGAGCUCCAGAGACUGGGUGUGACCGAGGUGGGCCCUCUCCACCUGGAUCUUCUUCAGAUCGCUUCCGCCCGCGUUCAUUUCAAGAACCACUUCAGGGUACCCUUCAGCGAGGCUGAACUGCAACAUGUGGCCGGUCGGUUUGGCGCCUUCACCAGGGUCAAGAUCUACAGAUACUGGCAAUCAGAGACGAACAUGGCUGUGGAGGAAAUGACACCCAUCGCUUUCUCUGGCUACAUCCAGUUUCACUCGCAGGAAGACGCACAGCAACUGCUGUCUGAAAGGCGUCCAGUUUACAACCCGAGCUUGCGACAAAGUCUCGAGUGUGUAAGCGGACCCCGGAACGUUUCUCUAGCCUGCAGUCCGGAUGGCAGAGUCUGA